GCGAUCUUGAGAUCUGCUUUUUUUUUUUUUGGCUCAUUUCUUCAAUGUUCGAUGCAUGCUGUUUGUUAGUUUGUAUUUGCAGUGAUUCUCUCCUCCUCUCGCGAGGUUUGCCUGCUGCGCGAUCUUGAGAUGUGCUUUUUUUUUUUGCUGUUUUAGUUCUGUUUUAGUUUUCUUUUGCUUAUUUCUUCAAUGCGUAUGGCUAGUUUUAAGUAAGAAUUUAGGGACCGGGGGUUUUUCAUUUGGAAGGUUCCGCCGGAACCGAGGAACUUGAAGACGACAUGAUGUUAUCUUUCUUACGUGUUUCUUUUUCGGGUCUGCUUACUGUACUGGCGUGAUCAAGGCUUUUGAGUUCAUCUGUUGCUUGCAAAGGCUAUCACGAGUUGUUUCAGCGCAUUUUUUUUGAAAGAGCAGCGGCUCUAUGGGCUGUGUUUAUGGUUGCUCCAUUUCAUUAGCUUCCUGUUUUAUUUGGGAGGAAGAAAUAGGAGAGCCUUUGAGAAUGGGAUGGCUGAUUCUUUAGAUCGAAUGAUAUAUGGCUUUUCCACGAGUACGUUUUGGUGGUGUGGAAAUGACAUUACUAACGUGCGUUCUUUCCUAUACCUAAUAACGCAAGUUGCGUUCAUGUUUUAUUACACGGGCUAGCAUCUGCCUGACGCCAUUGUGCAAUAAAUUUCUUUUGCUUAUCUAAAGAAAAUUCUUAGCAAACUCACUGGAGAUGAUGUUCGAGUGGCACUCAUCUGCUUAUGGAUACACAAACUUUCCCGCAAGCAUGCGUAAAUACUUCCUGACUUUUCUCCAUUUCCGUCGGCAGUCUCCAGGCGGCGGCUCCUCCUGCUACCGUGGUCGCUUCGCACAGCGGAUCUUCUCCAAUGAGCCUCUUGAAUACUUACAUCAAGGAGUACCUUGUUGAGCUUGAACUAAGUGAUCUCGCGAGCUUGUUUAUGGAGGAGGCCGAAAAAAAUGCAGACAUCCCGCCCGUUCCAUUUGUUCAGAUGUGGGUUCAGCUGGAAAGCCAGAUGAACCCCUGCUCUCCUCCUUCGUAUGAUAAACAGAUGGCGCCGAUGUUAUCCCUGAAUGAGGGCAUCGAGAAGUACCUAGAGCACCUCCAAAUUGACAGGAGGAGCUUUAGCGAGAAGGCUUGGAGACAUGUUGUUCGUAGGAUUCCUCUGAUUGCUAUUUGGAUGGAAAGAAUAUACCCACAAAUUGUUGCUGGCGAGCACUGA